AUGCCCCAAGGAAGCCACCCCGAUUUAACCAUUGUCAAAUUCGUCUGUUCGGUUGAAGGACAGGAAGAUAAGGAGAUUCAAGUUGAAGGAGUCGAUGAGGUCAAAGUGAAAAUUCCAGAAAACAGUAAAUAUACCAUGACUAUUUUCUUCAAAGUGAACAAUAACGAAUUGAAGGAUCUCAAGUAUGUUCAAGUGAUGAAGAAACACGGAUUGACUGUUAAGCAAAGAGAUAUGUUUAUCGGGGAAUCAUAUGCUCCUUCGGAAGAGAUUUACUCCAAGACUUUUGAACAAGACGUUACUCCAGGAGGGUUUUUGGUCAGAGGUGUAUAUCCAGCAACUUCUACUUAUUCUGCUAAUGGAGAAACUUUGUUUACCAGUGACUGGUCUUUAGAAAUCACCAAGAAGUGA